UAAAGGUUGCACCUUCCUCUCUGCUCCUGCCUCCAGAUGUUAUUUUGCAUUCUGGUGGAUGCUUUAAGCAUCCCUUUUAGCCAGGGGGCUUUUGCAAGGAGCCACCCUGGGGAGGAGAUACCAGGGGGAUGAUCGCUCCCUGAGUUCGGUGAGUUGGUGGGGAUUCUAGUCUCCCACCAGGAUUUCGUGUAUCCCCCUAGAAUGCAGCAAGAAGAGAACUUGAUUAUCCAAUGUUCUGAGGAUGGAUCUGAGAUUCCUGAGAAUUGCCUAGUAGACGGUGAACCUGGUAUGAAGGAGCUGGUGGGUGAGAUGGCCCCCUACAAGUGUUCCAUCUGCAGAAAGAGCUUCACAAAGACUUCAAACCUUGUCCAGCAUGAGAAGAUCCACACGGGCGAGAAGCCUUACCAAUGCUCCCACUGUGGCAAAAGGUUCACCCGGAGCAACAACCUUGCCGAGCACGAGAGAAUCCACACAGGGGAAAAGCCCUACAAAUGUCCUGACUGUGGGAAGACCUUCAACCGCAGCUCCAUCCUGCUUAGGCACCGGAGAAUUCACACAGGGGACAAGCCCUACAAAUGCCCCAAAUGUGGGAAGAGUUUUGAUGAAAGUGCAAGGCUCCGCGUACACCAGAGGACUCACGUGACAGAGGUGGCCUACCUCAUUGACAGCAAUGGGGAGGCCACAGCCAUUGAGGACGGUGAAGUGGCUCAUAGUUGCUCCGACUGUAGCAAAACCUUUAGUUUGUACUCCAAUCUUAUUAAACACCAAAGAAUUCACACAGGAGAGACACCCUACCGGUGUGCCCAGUGUGGGAUCAACUUUAGUGAGGCCUCCAACCUGAUUCGGCACCAGAGGUACCAUGCGCGGGAAAAACCCUACAAGUGUCCCAUGUGCCAGAAAACCUUUGGCCAGAGUUCACACCUCAUUCAGCACCAGAGAAUCCAUACCGGGGAGCGACCUCACAAAUGCCCGGAUUGUGGGAAAAGCUUUAUUGAGAACUCGACUCUGAAAAAGCACCAAAGGAUCCACACAGGGGAAAAACCACAUCGGUGCCUGGAGUGUGGGAAAAGCUUCAGCCUCAGCUCUCACCUCGUGACGCAUCAGAGAAGCCACACUGGAGAGCGACCCUACAAAUGUGAAGAUUGUGGCAAAGGGUUUACCGAUACCUCCUCUCUCAUUAUUCACCGGCGAAGCCACACGGGGGAGAAACCUUAUAAGUGUGACAUCUGUGGGAAGGGGUUUGUCCUGAGCUCUGUUUACCUGAACCACCACCGGACCCACACUGGGGAGAAACCUUUUGGGUGUCCCGAUUGUGGCCGAGCCUUCCGCCAGUGGUCGCAGCUGGUCAUCCAUCGGAGACUCCACACAGGGGAGCGGCCCUAUAAAUGCCCCUAUUGUGACAAGGGGUUCUGUGAUAGCUCCACCCUGACAAAACACAAGAGGACUCACACGGGAGAGAAACCCAACACAUGCACAGAGUGUGGGCUCAGUUUUGGCUCCAGAGCACUGCUCCUGGAACACCAGAUGCUCCACGGGGAAGAAGCAUCCACCAUGACCAUCCUCUAGACAAGGGAGGGCCACCUAGAACCUUAACUUGCAUACAGUAUUACCUGACUAGCACAAUACCUGUCGAAUGGUGGGAAUGCACAUGUCAUAACCAUCCUUGUUGUUGCUCACCUCUGUAUGUCCACAUUCAUUCUUGACCCUUUGGUUCCAGGCCAAGGUUGGCAGACUUAGGGGCUAUUCUCACGAUCUACAAAAAUCGGGCUAGGAGAGCCUAGCCCGAUUUUUGCAGAUCGUAAGAACCACCGGGCUGGGCUGCGAGCCUGGUGGUUCUAGUGCAGGUAACCCGCUCAAGAACCCCUGCCCUAAAACCAGGUUUGCGGAGCGAGCACUCUGGAGCUGGCAAUCGUGUGGGCAGCUGAUCCAGCUGCCCAGGGCUCCCUCCCCGCUCACUGCCCCAAACUAGGUCUCACCAAUCGUAAGACCCAGCUCUUAAUCUAUUUCUUUAAUCUGAGGUGUGUUGGUUGUUAGGCAUGCAAAAAGGUCUGAGAUGAAGGUGGGCAUUGGGUUAAUAGCUGCUUCCAUGUUACAGAUGUUGAUGCUUCUCUAAAGCAGAAUGGCUCCCCUGAUCAGUUCCUAGGGACAUUGGGGAAGGGGGCUGUCCUAAAUGAAGGUAUGCAGGUUCCCUGAUCAUAGCCUUUUUUGCCUUCCCCCUUCUUUUGCCUUUCAGAUGCUGUCUUCCACCCACACCAGUAAGGAAAAUGUUCAGAAAAAGUGGCUGGACAGGCUUGCAUACAUGGGGGACAUUAAGAAGCUUUUUUUGAUAGUUGGCAAAAACAAACUUUUUGAAAUGAGCUUUUUGAAAAACAUCCUAUUUGCAGUUCUGUCUCUGUGUAAGGUUUUUAAGAGAGUAAGAAUAUAGUAAAUUCUCUAGCACAGCACACUUGGCGUUAAUGAUGCUGGUUGCUAUUUUUUCCACCCCCAAACUCACCUGGUGCUGCAAAAUAUUUUUGUUCCUUGUGAAAGGAAUAUAUUUUGGAUUUCAUAGAAAGGUCUCAAAGUGCUGCCUCUAAAACCUUGAUCUGGUGUGUGUUUGAAAAACAUUUUUUUAAAAAAAUGUAUUUUGAAAAUAGCAGCUUUGAAUUGGACAUGUUUCUAAAAUGGAUCCUAACCAGAUUCUGUACAUGUAUUUUUUUU